AUGCCUGUUAUCGGAAUCAACGAUCAAGAUCAAUUUACAUACUUAACCACCACUGCGGCCGGCGACAAGUUAAUUGUUCUUUAUUUUCACACUAGUUGGGCAGAACCAUGCAAAGCUUUGAAGCAAGUCUUUGAUGCCAUCAGUAGUGAACCAUCUAAUGCCAACGUCUCCUUUUUGUCCAUUGAUGCCGACGAAAACUCUGAAAUUUCAGAAUUGUUCGAGAUUUCAGCUGUUCCAUAUUUUAUCUUAAUUCAUAAAGGAACAAUCUUUAAAGAGUUAUCUGGCGCAGACCCAAAAGAAUUUGUGUCUUUAUUAGAAGACUGCAAGAAUUCAAUAAAUUCCGGAUCAUUUCAAGCUGGCACCAUGGAAAAUGCAAGGGUAAACGAAGGAAGUCGUAAUGAUGAUGGUGCUGAUAAUGAUGACGAUGAUGAUGAUGAAGAAGAAGAAACUGAGGAGCAAAUAAACGCUAGAUUGACCAAAUUGGUUAAUGCCGCACCAGUAAUGCUUUUUAUGAAGGGGAGCCCCUCUGAACCUAAAUGCGGAUUCUCAAGACAAUUAGUGGGAAUUUUGAGGGAACAUCAAGUAAGAUUUGGCUUUUUCGAUAUAUUAAGGGAUGAAUCUGUUAGACAAAACUUGAAAAAGUUUUCUGAAUGGCCAACUUUUCCUCAACUUUAUAUUAAUGGGGAAUUUCAGGGUGGUUUAGAUAUCAUUAAGGAAUCCUUGGAGGAUGACCCUGAUUUCUUACAGCACACUCUUCAAUCUUAA